CUCGCCGCGUGACGUGGCGUGCAUCAUGGCGGGUCUCUUCAACGCUGAGCCCGCCAACUUUGCUGUGGUGAACUUCCUCCGCUCUCGACUGGUUGAGGAGAUCUGCAAGAGAUACAUCGAAAACUCGGAUGGAUCCCAAGAGCCUCUGCCCGACAAGACUGAGCAGUCAGUGCUCGAACAGCUCGUCGCUGUCUUCUGCCACCUUUUCUCUGUGGUCAAGAUUCCUCAAUGGCAUGUCGACUACCUCACGCAGAACCCUGCAAAGAAGGGGCCAUGCCAGGUGAUCAUGGACCCGCUACAGCCCAAGGUGGCGGAGGUGAUGGAGGAGCACACCAGGUGCGCCAUCGCGAGCGCCAUCGAGUACUGGAAGAUCUUUGUGAGCAAACACGAGAAGGAGCUGGGCGAGGACAACCAGCUGCCUCUAUCAGGACUGCGCUGGCAGGGAGGGGAAGCAGGAGAGCAUGUGGCGCUUGCCGACAUUUCCUUCGACGUGAAGCUCCGCUCUCGAUUUGUCGCCAUGGCGGGGAGAGGAGAAACAGUCGAGGACGUGGGGUCGGUGAGCGAGCUCUGCUCUACCACCAGGCAGGGACUCUUCAUGGACUCGCGCUUCAUUCCGGCCUUCGAGCUCAAGCAGCCAAUCAACUCGUAUGUGCUCGACUACUGGCGGGCCCCCAACUACACCAACUUGCUCAAGUACAACAAGGUGUCGGAGAAUCACGCAUGGAGUCUGCUCAAGCACUUCGCCAUCAGCGUCAAGGCCACCUUCAAGAGCCUCGAGCGCCGCAACAAGUUCGCGCCCUACAAGCGAGGCAUCCAUGGCGAGGGCCGUCACCUCGAAACCGUCUUUUCCGACCCCCAGGUGCAGACGGCAUUCAACUCCCUCCAGCUGGACUUCUGCUCCAAGUUCAACAAGAUCUCCAAGGAGCAAGACACUUAAAGCACUUGAUGCCUUUUCAAUGAAGUUGCCGCGUGGCG